AGAGUAGUCCACCGCUCGUGUGGAAGCUGCACUGUUCUUCAUUGCUUCCUGCUAUGGCUUCUCUUCUUUCCUUCUCCCUUCCAAAACCUAGCAUAAUCAAGGCUUCUGCCUCUCCAACUAGUACCCUUUCGAUCCCUGAGGCUCUAGAUGAGAAAUUUGGCAGGAAAGGGAUCAAAUUCCUGGAAACCAAUAACAUCCCAUUUGUUGAGAUGACAGUCAGAAAUGGAAGCUCACUUAGGCUGAGAAUACCUGAUGCUCAUGUCACUUCAUACAAGCCUAAAGUAACCUGGAAAGAAGACGGGUUUGAGGAGCUUCUUUACACAGUUCCUGCUGGUGGUGGAGCAGACUCUACAAAGGCCAAAGGUGGGAUCGGUUUAGUCAUCAAUGAUGCAUCUGAAGCAGGCUCAAAAGGGUCUGUUCUGUCUUCCUCUGAGUGGACUGUCAAGGAUGCGGACAAUGAUGCCAUUGAUGCUCUUCAGGUUGAAUUGAGCUGCACUGCUGGAACUCUCAGUAUAAAUUAUGCCAUCUCCCUCUAUCCAUUAAGCAUAGCUACAGCAGUCAUAGUAAAGAACAAUGGAAAGAAAGAUGUAACAUUAACCAGUGCCAUACUCAGUCAUUUGAAGUUCAAGAAAAGAGGAGGAACAGCAGUCCAAGGACUCAGAGGCUGUUCUUACCGCACACACCCUCCCCUAUCUUCGCCUUUCGAGCUCUUAUCUCCUUCUGAAGCAAUGCAAUCUGAAUCUGAAGGAUGGUUUGGUUCUGAGACUGAAGAGAAGCGUGGUGUCUGGACUGUGGAGGACCUUCCUUUUACCAUGUUGAAGCAAAAACUCAGUAGGGUCUAUGCUGCUCCUCCAGAAGAGAGACUGAAGUCAUUUUAUAACACUCCACCUUCGAAAUAUGAAACUCUUGAUCAGGGUCGUGAACUCUUCUUCAGAGUAAUACGAAUUGGUUUCGAGGACAUAUACUUAUCUAGUCCUGGUUCCAUGUCAGAAAAGUAUGGGAAGGAUUAUUUCAUCUGCACUGGCCCUGCUUCAAUGCUGGUACCUGUGGUGGUGAAACCUGGUGAGAGUUGGAGGGGAGCACAAGUUAUUGAGCAUGACAACUUAUAAAUAUGUAUGACUAUAUCACAUAUCAAAAUUCACCUUUUUUUCCUUUUUAUUCUUUCAAUUUCUCUGGGGGUUUUGAGAAUCAAUAUUGGUUUGUAACAUUCUAUCUGAAGAGUGUAUGUUUAUUCACUAGCCAUGGGAAGUAUCAUCAUGGCUUAGGCCCAUAUCAGACAACUAAAAUAGGUUCAUUGAGAUGGAAGAAAAAGAAACAAAGAGCACUGGA